AAGGAACCACUCGGUCCUUAAAGGUUGUCCCUAUAUACCUAUCCAGGAAAAAAAUUAAAAUCCAUAAUUUAUUUUUAAGAAAAUCAUCUGUUCUUUUAAGGUAUCAACCCCCACUACUGCCUGAAACAUUUGGCCAAAUUUUUAGGGAUGGAUGAAUGAGCUACCCUUUGACUAUGAUCCUGACACAUACCAUGUGAACAAAACACAGUCAGUGUAUGUUCGUCUAGAUGAUUCUUCACUUGUUUUUGUCCCGUCCAAAAUAUAAUGUAUCAAAACGAGCCACGUGGAAUGAACAUUGUGAUGAGCCAUUGUUUAUUCAUCAAAGACACUAUGACUUGAAAGGAGCCACUAUAUCUUUACAACCAGUGGGUUUAACCAGAAAGAGGUUGUGGAAUAAGGAGUAUCCUAUAUCUAUUGUCAUCAUUAAUUCUAAAAUAUUCCAUAAUGAACCAAGUGAAGAUAAUACUCAUAUGUCGGAGCUUUCCUCAAGAUUUAAGUCUCCACAGAUGGAUUCUUCUAAAAAAUCAGCUAGUGAUACAGAAGAGAAUUCACAAAACAGCAUAAAAAAAGAACAAAGUUUAGUGAAGUUGUAUUUAUUUGCUCGCACUGGGCGAGAAAAAGAAGCAUGGUAUCAUCGAUUUAAAAAUGCUAGUGAACCACAAAGCACACAGAGUGAAGGUGAUAAAGAACAAAAAAGCACGAACUCUGAAGAAAAUGAAAGUGAUGUUAGCCCUUAUAAACAAUCAAUGUUUACGGAUUUAGAUAUCUAUUCAGGAGGAUCAGUAUCUAUCAUUAAAGAAGAUAUUACUUCAGGUGAAGUGGAAAAGGAGAAAAAUUUGGAUUUUAUGACAUACAUGACAGCACUUUUUAAGUCAAAUGCAGCAAAGAUAACUUCUGAUGGCAGAUCAAGUCUCUUUAAAGAUAAAAGAAUGAUUUUAGGAUCAAUUGGGAAAAGUUCAUAUGGCUCUAACAAAAGUUUAUCAUCUCCAUGUAAGGACACCACCUUGUGGCUUAAUGCUUUUAUUCGAAGAAUAUUUUAUGAUUUCCUUUCAAAAAACUAUUGGUCUAUUGCAGUAGCUGAUAAAAUUCAGCACAAGCUCAGUAAAAUCAAAGUACCCUCCUUCAUAGAAGAGCUUCAGCUGAUAGAGAUAGAUAUUGGAACAAGCAUUCCUAUAAUUCAUCGAGUGUCUGAUCCAGCCAUGGAUCAGCAAGGGUUGUGGAUAGACAUGGAUGUCACCUAUCAGGGGUGUUUUCAGAUGACCUUGAAGAUUCAACUAAAUUUGCAUAGAUUUAAAAAAAUUCGACAAGUAGUGAUUGCCCCCCAGACCUCACCUUUGGAGCAAGAAAAAUUACAAGGCUCUGACAGUCUGUUUUCCAAAUCAUGUGUUUUGAAUAGUGAUGAUGGACAUGGUGCAGAGUCAUCUAGUGGUGAAGAUGCAACUCACAAGGAUCCAUCUGAUAAGAAGUUGCUGACCACUCUGGCUGCAGGUGGAAAGACUAGCAUUAACACUGGUAAAAAAAUUCUAAAAGUUGUGAACAAGUUGAUUCAAUCUCGUUAUUUUCAGCAAGCUACAGAAAACAAAUACAUUAAACGAGCAAUGGAUGAAAUUUCAAACACACCCAUAUACCUUACAGUUGAAGUACAUGGGGUGGUUGGGAUACUGGCACUCAAUAUUCCUCCAGCACCAUCUGAUAGACUUUGGUAUGGUUUCCGUGGUAAUCCAAAGCUAUCAAUAUCAGCAAAGCCCAAGUUAGGUGAAAAAAUAGUUAAUAUUGGACAUAUUACUGAGUGGAUUGAAAAGAAGUUGGCUUCAGAGUUUCAGAAAGUAUUGGUGAUACCCAACAUGGAUGACUUGGUAAUUCCUAUCAUGCAUUCUGGUCUGAAGUCAAGUGGAAGCAGUAAAGGAAGCUGAUUGAUUUAAAUUAGAAAUCUGGUACAACAAACUGUAUGUUGUGUUAAUGUGUUACUGUGGUUUGUAAGCUUAUCAGUGUUCAAGAUUGGUGAUAUUUGGGAUAAAAUGUCUUGUAAAUUGUUGUAUUCAUCCUGUGAAGUGUCUGCUGUGAUUGUCAGUGCAGGUAUUUUCACUAGAUAGGGCAAGAACGUAUUAUAUAUAAAAAGAAACUGUAGAGAACAAAGCUAUAUGUGAAGUACACUCAAGCUUGUGUAAUGAUAUUUUUGUUUUUUGGUAGACAUAAUUUCAUAUUUAAGUUGCUUUGUUUAUAACUUAUCGUAAAGUAUUUAAAUUUAGUUUACUUCAAGUGUACCUUUAUUUUUGUUUCCCACUUUUUAAAACAAAGGAAAAUAACUUGAUGGUUUACCAUAUUAUUGAGAUUAGAUUUGUUAUAUAAAUUGGCAAAUGAUUGCUUAUUACUUACUUAUGCAAAUUAGUUUCAUUUUUUAAUUUAUAUUCCAUUGAGUUUUAGUGUUUAAGAGAAAUACCUCAAAUUAACUAAACUAUGUAUUGAUGUCAUCUUCCUUUGGUAAAACUGAGCCAUACUUGUUUACUGUAGCCAAGCUGUUAUGGUCAUACUAACUUGACUGAUCUUAAGGCUACAGUUUAGAUGCUUAGUGCUAUAAAAAACUUUAGCUUUAAAAAGAAGUUUAAAGAGUACCAGAUCUUUUCACUUUAGAUUUACUUACAUUGCCUUUCAGAACAACAACAACAACAAAAGGAUUCAUUGGGUUGGAGUUAUUAAUCACUGUGUGUUUUAAAAUGUUGUUUUUCUUAAUAUUUCUAUUUUACUUAUUGAAUUAUAUUCAUAUCUAUAAUUAACAUGCUUCUGGAUAGUAGGUCUUUUAAUAGUUGAUUACAAUGAAGAAAAUGUGUCAAAAAUGUCGGUACUCCCUAGACUAUAAAUAAUUUUAUACUAGAAUUUAUCAAAUUUUCUUUAUUCAUAAAUUAUUUUUGGUAGUGAGCUGUUCUGCAAAGUAAUGCCACCAAAAAAAAAAAAAGAAGAAAGAAACAUAUAUAUAAUGAGGAUAUUUUUUCCAUCCAUAUAAUUUAAAUGAAAUUAUAAGUAUACUGUAAUCCUCCUGGAUUCCACUUAAAUUGUUUCAAGUAUUAAAAAAAAUCAUCAAAAUGUGAUGGAAAAAAAAGGUACUUAUGCCAUGCAGAAAAAAUAUUUUUCACUGGUGUUUAAUGUACAUUAUAUAAUGGUAAGAUUUGUGUACUUAAAUGUAGAUUGUACCUUCGGUUAUGUAUAUCGUCAUGGAGUUGCAUGAAUUUUACAUUACUCUUAACAAGGUGGGCCAAUAGUUCCAACAUGCUAUAACAUACGUUUCUAACUGUUAACAAAAUGUUAGCAUAGUUACAACACACUACAACACAUUUCUAAAUGUUUUUAGAAUGCUGAUAGAAUCAUAAAAAAAAUUAUUUUUAAAACAUUAAAUUGGACUUUGUUAACAUGAAUGAACUUGAGAUUAUACUAUUUUUCAUAUCAAUAACUGUUCUUCCUACAGACUAGUAUUAUUUUCCCUCUUUGAGUUGAGUAUCAUUUUUUAAAAUCUUUUUAAGUAAUUGAAUUAUGAGAAGAAAAACGAGUUGUACAAAAACGUUUUUCAGGUGUUUGAGAUGUUACUGAGCUUCAAGCUGGCUUCCAGUGGACUUUUUGGGGUAUCUUGUAUAAUAAGAAACUGGUGCUUUUCUAUUUGUAUGUAAAGUUUAUAGGCCUAGAGAAUAUGUAUUUAGGAAGAAUAAUGAGAAUAUUUUUGUAUCAGUUGUCCAUUUAUACUAUUACUAGUGUGCUUCUCACAUUUAAUUUAUUGUUAAUAUUUAUCAAAAUAUUUUACUUACUCAUCUUUCAGUUUCCAAAAGCUUUUAAAGAUAUAUUACCUAGUCAUAAUUUAAUAUAUAUAUAUAUAAACUGUAUUGUCUGAAGUUUUCCAUAAUUAAUUAGCUCUCUGCAAAAUAAUUUAUUUUAUUCAAGAUUAUCAAAACUAAUUAAUUUUGGUAGAUGAUUUGUUGCACUUAGCAAUUGUAUUUUAGACCUUAGUCCCUGUGUGACAAAAACAACAACAACAUUUUUUAUUGCUGAUAUUUUUAAUCCCAACUUGUCUGCAAGAUAGGGGUCCAUAUAGAUCCAAUUGUAGUUUUUCAGAUUUUUAAAGAGGAAAAGACCAACAGUCCCUGUGUAUUCUUAUUGCAUCAUUUAUUGAAUAUCAUGGUGUACAUAUUUAUAUAGUUUCUCUUUUGAGAAAUUCAAAAUUUUGAGAAAGUAGCAUUGGUGUUCAUUUGGACCUCUGUUUUGCAAAUAAAGAGCUACAUUUUCAAGUUUGAGUUAUUAUAUUUUUUGGAAAUAGCCAAAAAAUAUAAAUAAGAAUUGUU